AGCCAUUUGGGCGGGCUCGGAGCCGGAGCCGCCGCCCUGGGGUGGAACACGUCCAUCGUCCGCGUCCGUCCGCGUCCUCCAGCCUGGGGCCAGAGUGCCCGGACCGGGGGAGAAAAGGAGGAGAGCCAUGGCGGAGGAUCGCGUGAAGAUGAUGUGCGAGAAGUGUGGCUACAAGUGUUUCCCCCAGUGGCUGAACGACAAAGCCCACUGCCUGAAGUGCCAGACGGUACUACGCACGCGUGGCUAUGCAGGUGCCCCUCGGGAGGCCUUCGUCGUGGGGCCCACCACCGUGGACGAUGGGCGACGGGCUCCGGGGGAGGUGAGCACCUACAAACAGUCGCCUGGCAGCGCGAUGGAGUCCACUGGUGGCCGCUGCGGCAAAGCGCCCGAUGGCGUGCAUCACUGGAAGUACGGGAAGUGCAACUACUGCCAACUGGCCGAAGGGAAGCUGGCCAAGGGUCCUGGUGUGACUGCGAACCCGGGUGGUGCUGCCGAGUGUGCUCAGGGCGGGAAGUGCAUGUUCAAGUUCGCCAAGUGCACCAAGUGCGGCCGCGCCGAGCUGAGCGCGCUGAGCGCUCGAGCUGAGCUGAGCGCGGCGGAGCCUCAGCUGGUGGAGGCAACGGAGCUGCCUGGUGGACUGGAGCUGCCUGAUGGACUGGAGACUGCAGCAGCGGAGCGGGUGAAGAUGGAAUGCCAGGUUUGCGGAUAUAGCUCAGUGCCACAGUGGUUGAACGACCAGGCGCAUUGCUUGAAGUGCAACGCGGUGCUCCGCGUCCGCGAGGACCUCCACGGUCAGCUGCCCGAGGCGCCAGCGACGACGGCCUCCGUGCGGCGCAAGCCGGGUGAGGUGAGCACCUACAAGCAUUCCUCGGGAAGCGCCAUGGAAUCGGCCGGUGGCACCUGCGCCAAGGCGCCGGAUGGCCAACAUCACUGGAAGCACCGCACCAGCAGUUUGGGUGGUGUAUCUAGAGCAUCUAGAGCUUGGCCAACAGGUCUUGCCUGGUUUUGCUUAAGGUGAUAUCCUGCAUGGCUCGCAUCUUCCGUCAGCUUCCGAGGUAUGGGAAAUGCAACUUCUGCCAGAUUCCCGAAGGGAAGUUGGUGAAGGGUGCUGGUGCAUUAGCCAAUCCUGGUGGCAAAGGGGGUUGCCAGGAAGGUGGCAAGUGCAUGUUCAAGUUCUCCAAGUGCACCAAAUGCGGCCGCAAGGAGUUCUGAGCGAAAA